AAAGCUAUAUUAUUAAUCAUUUACUCAAAACAUCCCCAUUUGUAACUGCUCCUGAUUGCUUCAUUCUUCAUUCCCAAAAACACAAAUUCAUCAUCUCUUUCCUGACUAUGGACUGCUUAAGCUACUUCUCCAACUCCGAUGUAAUCCAGCUUCAGGAUUGCUUUAUCCCUGAUGUGGAUAUGAUUAUCCCUGAAAACGACACGUUCUUCUUCCAAGAACAACUACAACAUCAGCCAUUGUAUCACGACGAAGCUCUUUCACCGUCUCUCUUCGGGUUUGAUCACUUUGAUCAUUUCUACGAACCGUUUCUUCCACCACAAGAAAUCUUUCUCCCUAGCCCUAAGACCCAAGUCUUCAAUGAGUCACAGGACUUAGAUUCCUUCUUCCACACGCCAAAACACCAAAACCUCAUAAACUCCAGCUUCCAUUUCAACACUCACGACCCUUUUUCCCCGAGCCCUAAUUCUAACCUCUGUGAUUCUUACAUCACCGAAGCUGCUACCAUUUCCGAGUUUCGAGUUCCUGAUUUCUCAUCGACGUUCAAGGUUGGGUGGACUGAACAAGGCGACACCAAGAAGCGAGAGCUAUCAGCUCAGAGCAUCGCAGCACGAAAGAGAAGAAGAAGAAUCACAGAGAAGACUCAAGAGCUUGCGAAACUAAUUCCUGGAAGUCAGAAACACAACACUGCUGAAAUGUUCCAUGCCGCAGCUAAAUAUGUCAAGUUCUUGCAGGCUCAAAUUGAGAUUCUUCAAAUGAAGCAGAGCAAAAUACAGACUCGGGAUAGUUCAAAGGUGGGAAGAGAAAUGCAGUUUUUGCUUGCCUCUCAAGAAAUCCAGGAGAAGCUAUCGACAGAAGAAGUGUGUCUGGUUCCAAGAGAAAUGGUUCAAGUCCUAAAAGCCGCAGAAUGCAUCUUGAGAAACCCUAAGAUUUCUCGAGACAUUAAUAAGUUGUUGUCAACAAAUCUGAUGAAUUAGAUUUAAUGCUCGAAUGUCCAAAUCCUUGAAUUUGUCUAUGUUGUGUCUGUUUCUAAUUUGUUCCUUGUAGUAGUUUUCUAUAUUAGCUAGAGUUUAACCAUUAGUUAAUUGUCUUCUUAACUAAUGUAAAAAAUCCUUGUUUUUAUC